UGUGGACCAUGUGGCUGAUUAGGUUAUGUCAAUAGUUAGUUUUUGAAUUUGUAAAUAUUAUAUUCAUGAUAAUAUCCAUUUUCUUGGAUGACAGUGUUUCGAACUGGUCUCUGGUUUCGCAGGAGAUAUUUCUGAUUUAUUUAGCGUUAUCGUGGUAUCAGUCACUGACUUAUAACAGGCGACAAUUAGUCUUUUUGCCAAAUUUUGUCAUGUUAUCGGUCACCCGUUGGUCACUCUUUUAGAUUGAAAUAUCAACUAUGUAAUGGAAGCGGCUCCUUUUACGCCUCUACGGUAUUGUAGAAAGGAGAUAACAUAUUCGGAGUAGUGAGACUGUUGCUCACUGUGAUGUCAUACACUAGUUCAUUUCAGGAUUUUAUAUCAUAGUAAACAAUGGCUACAUUGAAUCUACGGGUGACCACAACGAAAACAUCUUACAAAUCAAACAAAUCCCCCUUCGGAACCUUAUCAAAAGAUCUCUUAGAAUCGCUCAGCAUACAUCCUAGGAUUAAUCAUGCUGAGCUUUCAAGUGAAUUAUUGGCAGCUGACUCAUUGGACGCCCAAUUAAGGAUACUUCAUCAAAGAGUUGAAGAUGAAUUAAAUCAAGACACCAUGGAAAUAUCGGAGUCUCUUGAGUAUUUGCUGCUGCUGUACUUUAAAUUACCUCCACCAAAUCCCCUGAAAGCCCGAUUGCUCAAAAUGUUCAAAAAGUGGUCAGGAGAGAAAGAAAAGCCCUUCAAGAAAUUUUGGGAUCAUACUAUACCUACUAUUUUGGCUGAGGAAAAGAUGGACUCCUCAAUCAGCGUGAAGAAUAUUACCACCCUUUUGGAGUAUUUUGAAGAUAAUACUGACUUGCUCAUGGGUCUGUAUCUACCGUUCAUAAAAUAUGUUGAGUGUGUGAUCAAAACAACCAUUGAUAGCAGUUUAAAUCCAGGACUAUUACCUUUGCAGAAAUUGAUUUGUUAUGAGUGCAUUCAUAACUGUGUUCGAGCUUUUUUGCUGAUCAUCAGCUCCUCUGUUGAUCAAAGGAUUGUUGCAGACCUUGAUGAUGAAGGUAUUCUGAAUACCUUAGAAACGCCCAUGCAAAAUUCUGAGUUACCUCUAGAUACAAAAUUGAACUGUGGUCUGCUUUUCAUGCGAAUAACUUUGAAAGCAAAGGGAGAGUCAGAUUUUUUUAAAACUUUUCAGAGACAUGCAAUCAAUCAUUCACCAAGUUCACAUGACACCACCCAUGGAGUUCGUGAUUUGUUGACACAGAUCUCUUGCUGUGCACCUUUGUUAAAUAUUUUCACAAUCCCAGAAUUGAGCAGCAGGCAUAUCGAAAAAUCAAGUUCCUCCGUGUUCUCAGAAUUUUGUGUGUUUCUGUUUAACAUGACCAAAACCCCUGCAAUUGAUAAAAACACUAUCUUAGCUCUAAAUAUCACAAUCGAAAGAUUGGCGGAACAACUGUCAAAGUAUCCUGCGCAUGCUGAAAUGGAGCUCUCGCAAAAGUUUUUGAACUACAUUAUAACACACAUUGAUCACUAUCUGGACACAGUGAGGCAUAGGACAAAAACAAUUUUCGAGCACUUCAUCAAUUUCACUUCAUCUAGCACAUCCAUGAGAGAUGAAUUAAUUACUUCCUUGAGGGAAUCAAAGAUGACAAGUCGGUUUUUCUGUUUUGGCAUUCAGCUGCUUGCAAAACAAAUGAAAGUAAAUUAUCUAUUUUCCAAACUUUCUUUAGAGGUGUCAUGUUUCAUUCAAAUGUAUGUCAAGGCCUUCACAGAGAUGCCAGCAUCAACACAUCUAGUCUCAACAUUCUGCACGCUUAUGUGUAACCACUUCGAAGAAAUUCAAAUGGACAGUUGGAUAUCUACAUGGAUUAAUCCAGUGCUUGAAGCCCUAAAUCAACAGCAGACGCCAGCUCUUGAGCAAGUUUGUAGCCGAGCUGUUCAGCAUUCACCACUAAUCAUCAAAAUAAUAGCUUUUAAGGAUCAGCAAAUUGAUUACGCAACCUUCAUUUGUCUGCAUAUUGCAGUGAAGAAUGGUCUUGCACCUGAUCAUUCUGAAACAACCAGUCAACUUGAUUUUUGGAAAGGACUGAUUCCGUAUGAAACCCUGCUAAGUGCAGUGUGGCAUCAAAAUGAUGAUAUUCGAUUGUUAGUAUUCCUUAUGGUCUCUGUAAGCAAAAAAACAACCCAGUCAUUCUGUGCUCAAGAGCUAAAUGUGAUAUUGUCUUUCUUUAAGUAUAAUCUCAACAACCAGAACUCUGCGUUUCGGCAAAAAUUUCUCUCGCAUUUGAAAAAGUUUUUGUUACGUUUCCAAGAUAGCCUUCAGUCCUUGAAACGAUUGCAGACAUCUUCAUCAAAACAAUCAACAGAAAUCUAUCUCCAAUUUAGGGAGAAUUUAGUCGCCACCUGUGCAGAAAAUCUAUUUCCAUCUGCAAAUUUUGGUCGCAGAUGUACUGUUUUAAAUAUUUUAAAAACAUGUUUUGAUUCAAAUAUUUUUACUGGUUUGGUGUUCCCAAGCUCACUAUCCAAAGGUUUACUCAAUUGUUUAAAUGACACCUAUGAAGAGAAUAAAGUUCUAGCUAGACAGAUUUUACAGCUCAUUUCCAGAGAAAGUCCACAAUCAGAAAUAUUGCCUGAAUCUAUGGAAAAUCUCCUAGAGCAUUUGAUGCAUGUGAUCAAAGAUCUAAUUUCAAGCACGCAUCCCUCAGACUGUGUCACAGCUGUGUAUUUUCUUGGCUUCUGCAUCGACAAAUUGCAAGUUGAAGCAACAAAAACUGUCACACCUCAGUCAGAUGCUAAGGGCUCUCUCUCUCUCUGCAAAGAUUGGACGAUAUUUUACUUGUCAGAAAUGAUUGGUAUCCUGGAGAAUCAAGUAAGGAUAGCGGAAGUAAAUAUUUUAGAAGCGGCCGUAAACGGCCCAAUUUAUGGAGUUAUCUUCGUCAUCAGACAUUUAAUAUCUUCAAUAGAUGUGCAAUCUUUCAGUACAGAUUCAUUUUUGCAAUUGGAGAUGUCAAAAAUCGUUGAACUUUGUUUUUCUGCAAGCUCAGCUGUAAGUCACAUAGUCAAUAAUCUAUCUCCAGAGGGGCAUUUACCCAUGGAUUUCACAGUCAUUGAAGAUUCGAAUUUAAACAACGGAGUAAAAACGAAAGGAAUGCACGCAACCUCUCAACUGUUACUCCUAUGCGCGUGGCGGACCAUAAAAGAAAUCUCUUUGUUAUUUGGUGAACUUAUUGAACGAAUUCCAGUUGUUAAGGAAAAAAGUCAAGGCUUUCUGACAGAGGAACUUUUACUGACAAUUGGAUCAUACUUCAUGAAAGCUCUCUCUCAAAUCAAGCAUCGCGGAGCAUUCGAACAGGCAUACAUUGGCUUCACAAAGGUGUGUCUUACCUUAUGGAGAUGUCCUAUCAAAGAACUGGCAGACUUGCCAGGAACCUGGUUGGAAGAGAUGAUGACUGAAAUCACGACUGCUAGUGAUAAACUCUGUGCAACACGACGUAGUGCAGGGGUGCCUUUUAUCAUUCAGGCUCUGCUGGUGUCGGAACACGAAAUUUCUCCGGCAUCAACUUGUUUCCAUGCGGCAAUGAGCCAACUUUUGGAUCUGUGUGAAUCAUCAGAAAAGUCAUCAAUAUCCAAGAUUCAUGCUCUGAAUAUUCUACGGAGCUUGUUUAGGAGCACUGAACUUGGUGAUCAGGUGAAUUCUUAUGUUGCUCGCGGUGUCAAAAUUGCUGUCCUGGGUUUCAAUGCCUCCUCCUGGUCGGUGCGGAAUGCCUCAACUCUUUUGUUGAGUGCUCUCUUAGUUCGAAUAUUUGGUGUGCCGCGGUCAAAGGAGACUCUGACAUGGAAAAACAAAAUGACAGGUCGUAUUUUCUUCAUGCGCUAUCCAUCCUUGUAUGAGUUUUUCCUCUCCCAGUUAGAAAUAUUCGACUCCAAUAAUAGUAAUUUGGAAGUGACAAACGCCAGUGAAUUAACCAUUUUUCCAGUUUUGAUGAUUUUAGCUAGAUUGUAUCCUUCAUCUUUAGAGGGCACAGAUUCCAAUUUACAGCUAUCUACUUUUAUCAAAUAUGUCCUCAAUGCGAGCAAAAGUGGAAUCCAUGAAGUCCGUAUUCUUGCCGCAACAGCGAUUGCCUCUCUCAUCUCAAGGGAAAGCACUGCAGAUUGCGUUAGAAAUCUGUUCAAUGUUUUAGAUGCUACUCAGUCUGACAAUGCAAGGCAUGGCACUCUUCUCCAGUUGAGUCAAAUCAUACAAACAUGGAAGUCACAUCAGUAUGGAAUGCAGCCAGCCAUUCAGAAUCAUGUUAUUUUCAAAUUAAAUAACAUCGUCCCUAAAAUUUUGGAUUUAAAUACUAGUCUAGUGGUCAAAGAGAGCAUAUUGAAACUUGCAUUUUAUUCAUUGACCAGUUUCGGACAUCAUUUUAACCUCAAGUGCUUAAUUUCCGCCCAUUCACUCUUAGAGGCACUUAAUAACAGUUCAAAGCCUUUUAUUUACGCAGUAGGAGACACAAACUUAAAAGUUACUUUAGUGUUAAUAUUAGCCUAUGAAAUACUCGUAUCUGCAAAAUUUCUGACAACCUCUGAGGCAAUGUCUUCCAUGGAAUAUCAAGAUUGGUUCAAGAAAGUCGUUAAUUUUUCAAACUUUGUUCUAGGAAUAACGAGAAGUUCAGACUUUGAUCAGAUUGAUACAAUAUUAACAUUCUUAUUCUAUGCACUGUUGUGUGGAAACGAAGUAAAUGUAGAAUUCAGUCUUCCAAAGAAUGAGUGUGAAGAUUUAAAUGCACUUGUCGUCAUUAAUCAUGAUUUUAAUCUCUUCAAAUACAUCUUUAGUAUUCUGAAACUAUCACCUGUGAUGAAAACAGAAAUGGGAGAACUUCUAAGCUGUGAUACUUUUUGCCGCCAGUUUGUCUAUAAUUUACAAAAACUUGUAGCUGAAGAUGCGCACAAUUUGUACAAACACAAGUUCUUGGCUGUACUUCGAUUCUUCCCUUCUGCUUUAGAAGCAUACUGUGAUAAUUGCGACAAACUUGUAGCAGGCAGGUGUUCUUUGGAUGAUAAUGCCUCAGCAUUCACUUAUCUUUCAAAGUCAUGCUUUGGGGAUAACGACGACUCUGUCACCAUCCAAGCUCUUCAUUGCAUUCGAGCUUAUCUCAGUAUACAGAAACAAAAAAGGAAGCAAUGGUCUCAAAAGGAUUUUGAAGACUUGUGCAAUAUUUUAUUUGCCAAUGGCUGUGUCCUGGAUCAGACAGAUCAAAUUCGUUAUGCUAUUUCGCAGACGAUUGUUGAAAAUUACUCACUCUUCCUUGCCUUCUCUUCACCAAUUGACCUGCUCAAUCUGAUGACAACAGUAGUAUUGCUAUCUCAAGAUGAUCUAAGCCCAAUUCGAGAGAACAUCGCUCAAAUUUUGGGAACUGUUCAUGAAUCGACAAGAAACCUUGAACUGUUGCUUGAGGAAUUCAGGAACAAUUCCCAGAUUGACAGCUUACUCUUUGCGGUCGCAGCAAGUGCCUGGCUAUUGAAAGAUAUUGAUUAUGACACCAAAAAUGAACAUCAGGAAAAUGUGUUCGACAAGACCGACAUGAAUGCUUACUUUGAAGAGAUGGUGUUGGCAAAAUUAGCUGCAUUUCACCUGUCAGAAGUGUGUUCCGACCCAGGGAUAAUCAACGUGCCUUUGCCGAAAAUUAUUUCCCAAUGGCUGAUAAAUUACUCCAAUCUCAGGCCCAAUUUCGGUAUUACGUUGCAUGAUAUUUUCGACUUGGUUUUAAAAAAAUUUUCUUUUGAGCCAGAAUCAUACUUAUUACUACUUUUACAAUCAAACCUUAAGUGUAAUUCUGCCGCGAAACAAAUUAUGUCGUUGACUAAACUAAAAUAUGUAAGAUUAUUUUGUGAUAAAGCCUGCAAGAGCCAAUAAUAAAUAAAUCAGUUUCAUCAAUGUGCCUUGAAA